AUGCCCCGCCACCGCCCCCCGGCUUCCGGUGCUGCGUAGUUUCCGGAGCGGAUCGCAACCCGGAGUCCGGAUCCGAUCCCGCUCUGCACAUUCCAAAGGCAGGUGGUGGUGAUGGCUGAAGAUGGGAACGAGGAGAUCAUGUUCAUCUGGUGUGAAGACUGCAGCCAGUACCACGACUCUGAAUGUCCCGAGCUGGGCCCAGUGGUCAUGGUCAAAGACUCCUUUGUGUUAAGCAGGGCAAGGUCGUCCCUUCCCUCCAACCUGGAGAUCAGACGCCUGGAAGAUGGAGCUGAGGGGGUGUUUGCUGUGACCCAGCUCGUCAAGCGCACGCAGUUUGGCCCAUUUGAGUCGAGGAGAGUCGCCAAAUGGGAGAAGGAGUCUGCGUUUCCUUUGAAGGUGUUCCAGAAGGACGGGCACCCCGUGUGCUUCGACACCUCCAACGAGGAUGACUGCAACUGGAUGAUGCUGGUGCGGCCGGCAGCGGAGCCCGGGCACCAGAACCUGACGGCCUUCCAGCACGGCAGCGACGUGUACUUUACCACCUCGCGCGACAUCCCCCCGGGCACCGAGCUGCGCGUGUGGUAUGCGGCCUUCUACGCCAAGAGGAUGGACAAGCCCAUGCUGAGGCAGGCCUGCCCGGGCCUCCACGCUGCAGGCACCCCAGAGAGCAGCACGCCAGUGGAGGCAGAACCCAGCCGGUGGGUGUGCAAGGUGUGUUCGGCCGCCUUCCUUGAGCUGCAGCUGCUGAAUGAGCACCUGUUGGGCCAUUUGGAACAAUCCAAAAGCGUCCCCCCAGCCGGCCAGCAGGAUUCAGCUGCGGAGAAGGAAGCAGACGUGCCCCCGGGGGAGCCUCCCGCAGUUCCCAAAAGUGUCAGUGCCGCCAAAGAGCAGAAGAAAAAGCCUCGAAGGGGGAGAAAACCCAAAGCAUCCAAACCAGAGCAGCCUCUAGUUAUUGUUGAAGGCAAGGAGCCCGCAGAGCAAGUGGCAGAGAUCAUGAGCGAGGUCGAGCCUGUGGCUGCGUCGCCGGACGAACGGAUCAUGGAGCUGGUUCUGGGGAAGCUGGCCGCCACCCCCAGCGACGCGAGCUCAGUGCCAAAGUUCCCGCACCAUCAGAGUGGCAGCAUCACCCUCAAGAGGAGCCUGAUUCUCUCGAGCCGCCACGGCAUCCGGCGGAAGCUGGUCCGGCAGCUGGGGGAGCACAGGCGGGGCUACCAGUGCAGCAUCUGCAGCAAGAUCUUCCAGAACAGCAGCAACCUGAGCAGGCACGUGCGCUCCCACGGCGACAAGCUGUUUAAAUGCGAGGAGUGUACCAAGCUGUUCAGCCGCAAGGAGAGCCUGAAGCAGCACGUCUCUUACAAGCACAGCAGGAACGAGGUCGACAGCGAGUACAGGUACCGGUGCGGCACCUGCGAGAAGACCUUCCGCAUCCAGAGCGCGCUGGAGUUUCACAACUGCCGGACAGGCAUCGUCGCACACCUGGGGGGGGGUACCAGUGGCAGUCGGCUUAGAGACCUGCCAGAUGAUAAGACGUUCCAGUGUGAGAUGUGUUUCAGAUUCUUCUCCACCAACAGCAACCUUUCCAAGCACAAGAAGAAGCAUGGGGACAAGAAGUUUGCCUGUGAAGUCUGCAACAAAAUGUUCUACCGCAAGGACGUCAUGCUGGACCACCAGAGGAGGCACCUGGAAGGAGUGCGGCGGGUGAAGAGGGAAGACGCGGAGGCCGGCGGUGCCGAGAACCUGGUGCGCUACAGGAAGGAGCCGUCGGGCUGUCCGGUGUGCGGCAAGGUGUUCUCCUGCAGGAGCAACAUGAACAAGCACCUGCUGACGCACGGCGACAAGAAGUACACGUGUGAGAUCUGCGGGCGCAAGUUCUUCCGCGUGGACGUGCUCCGGGAUCACAUCCACGUCCACUUCAAGGACAUCGCGCUGAUGGACGACCAGCAGAGGGAGGAGUUUAUCGGCAAGAUCGGGAUCUCCUCGGAAGAAAACGACGGCACUUCCGACGAGAGCGCAGACUCGGAGCCUCACAAGUACAGCUGCAAAAGGUGUCAGCUCACCUUCGGUCGCGGGAAGGAGUACCUGAAGCACAUCAUGGAGGUGCACAAGGAGAAGGGCUACGGCUGCAGCACCUGCCACCGGCGCUUUGCCCUGAAGGCCACCUACCACGCCCACAUGGUCAUCCACCGCGAGAACCUGCCCGACCCCAACGUGCAGAAGUACAUCCACCCAUGCGAGAUCUGCGGGCGUAUCUUCAACAGCAUCGGGAACUUGGAGCGGCACAAACUUAUCCACACAGGUGUGAAAAGCCACGCCUGCGAGCAGUGUGGGAAGUCCUUUGCCAGGAAGGACAUGCUGAAGGAGCACAUGCGCGUGCAUGACAACAUCCGCGAGUACCUGUGUGCCGAGUGUGGGAAAGGCAUGAAGACCAAGCACGCGCUGCGCCACCACAUGAAGCUGCACAAGGGCAUCAAGGAGUACGAGUGCAGGGAGUGCCACCGCAAGUUCGCGCAGAAGGUCAACAUGCUCAAACACUACAAGCGGCACACGGGGAUUAAAGAUUUCAUGUGCGAACUGUGCGGAAAAACUUUCAGUGAGAGAAACACGAUGGAGACGCACAAGCUCAUCCACACGGUGGGCAAGCAGUGGACAUGCUCCGUGUGCGACAAGAAGUAUGUCACCGAGUACAUGCUGCAGAAACACGUGCAGCUCACCCACGACAAGGUAGAGGCCCAGAGCUGCCAGCUGUGCGGGACCAAGGUGUCCACCAGGGCUUCCAUGAGCAGACACAUGCGGCGCAAGCACCCCGAGGUCCUGGCCGUGAGGAUCGACGACCUGGACCACCUCCCCGAGACCACCACCAUCGACGCCUCCUCCAUCGGUAUCGUCCAGCCUGAGCUGAGCCUGGGGCAGGAGGAUCUGGCGGAAGGGAAGCACGUGAAAGCCGCCAGGAGGACUCACAAGAGGAAGCAGAAGCCAGAGGACGAGGCCGGGGCCACGGGGCCCGAGGAGGCCGCCUUCAGCGAGUUCUCGGAGAAGGAGGCCACGUUCUCGGCCGGCGUCGGGGACGAGACCAACUCUGCCGUGCAGAGCAUCCAGCAGGUGGUGGUGACGCUGGGCGACCCCAAUGUGACCACCCCGUCGAGCUCCGUCGGCCUGACCAACAUCACCGUGACCCCCAUCACCACCGCGGCCGGGACUCAGUUUACCAACCUCCAGCCGGUGGCUGUCGGGCACCUGACCACCCCGGAACGCCAGCUGCAGCUGGACAACUCCAUCCUGACCGUGACCUUUGACACCGUCAGCGGCUCUGCCAUGCUGCACAACCGCCAGAACGACCUCCAGAUCCACCCCCAGCCGGAAGCCUCGAAUCCGCAGUCGGUGGCCCACUUCAUCAACCUGACCACUCUGGUCAACUCCAUCACGCCCCUGGGGAGCCAGCUUGGCGAGCAGCCGCCGCUCACCUGGCGGGCGGUGCCCCAGACAGACGUGCUGCCGGCCCCGGCCCCCGCCCCACAGGCCGCCCAGCCGCCGGUGCCGGCCGAGCAGCAGCCGCAGAUGUACAGCUACUGA